AUGAAGAAGGUCCUCCAAGAAGGAAAGUGCGACCGUGUCCCUGGCCACAUUCUGGAGCUGCAAAACCAAAUUCAUGUGGAAUGGCUGGACCAACGUACUCCCGCGCAGCUCUCGACCCUACCUGACUUCGUUAUGGCAAAGUACUUCUUGUCUUUUGGCAAACCCAAUCCUAAGAACACCACCUUUAUCGUUGGCAUUCCCCUUGAGCGAGGUAGCGACGUGUAUUCUGGGGAAAUGAUGAAGGCAGCGAGCAAUAUCGCAGGGCUGCACCACAAGAAGGCCAUGGGUCCGAAGACCCAUACUCUUUUUAUGGGUUGGGAUGCCGCUGCUGUGGAAAAGGCCGCCGGUGGACACGCUUCUCAAGAGGAGGAGAGGCUUCAGGACGAAAAGGACGAGCAAAAGAGUAAGCGAGACAAGAUGCAUGCGGACUAUCUCAUCGCGCUUUAG